AUGUCGAACACUAAGCCUGAUGAUCGACCAUUGUUCACGUAUACAAUUGGUGGGGUCAAAAUUGAAAUGCCCGUCAGACCAUAUCCUUCUCAGGUUUCCAUGAUGGAUAAGGUUAUUCGUGGCUGUCAAAGACAGCAAAAUUGUCUAUUGGAAAGUCCUACAGGGUCUGGAAAAACAUUGGCUUUAUUGUGUUCAGCGUUAGCAUGGCAGAAAGCAGAAAAAGCACGUUUAGAAAAAUUGUCGGAGGAAGAAUUUCAACAGAGUUUAAUAGAUUGGCAACAGAAGGAGCAGCAAAAAAAAUUAAAGGAAAAGAAACAGAAAAAACCAAAUUCUCCAGAAAAGAAACUUGCAGAAACGAAUAUUUCACCCGCUAAAACUAAAGGAUUAUGUUUGUCAACGGUCGUCACUAUUAGCGAUGAUUCGGAAGAAGAAAUGGCCGUGUUUAAACAGCCUGGUAAAAAGAGAAAAAUAAAUAACAGCAGAGAUUUAGACGUUUCCGACAGCAAGAGCAUGUCAAACGACGAAUCAAUAAUGACCAAUGACUCCAGUGCUAACAACAGUUUGAUGACAGAAGACGAAGACGAAAAAAUCGAACCAAAAACAGUAACUAAUAUGCCGAAGAAAUCUAGACCAGUUAUCCCUGUAAUAUACUUUUGUACGAGAACUCAUAAACAAAUUGAACAAGUUAUCAAAGAGUUACAAAGAACUAGUUUCAAUACCGCCAAGAGUUGCGUGUUAGCGAGUCGCGAACACACAUGUAUUCAAGAUUCUAAUAUAUACUACCCCCAGAUAUCAUACAAAUCAAAAACCGAACUAUGUAGGGAUUUAUUAGAUCCGAAAGCGAGACGGAGAAAUUCGAUAAAGUUCAGAAGGACAAUUGAUAGGUGUAGCUAUUACGAUAACGGUGGCGUGAAAAUAAGCACUUAUGGCCAAUUAGCCAAAUUCGGGGUGGAAUCUGUUUGGGAUAUCGAAGAUAUAGUGCGCUUGGGCAUUUCUAAAAGAUCUUGUCCAUACUACGGUACACGAUUGUUGCUCAAAACUGCCGAAAUCGUCUUUUGUCCUUACAAUUAUAUCAUUGAUCCGGUUAUCAGAAGUUCAAUGAACUUGAAACUAAAAGGCCACGUGAUAAUCGUCGAUGAAGCUCAUAAUAUCGAGGAUCAAUGCCGUGAAGCCGCAAGUCUGCAAUUGGAUCAGACGAAUAUGAAUAUGGCCAAAGCGGACUGCGAAAAAGUAUAUAAGUCUUGCAGCAAUUCACUGUCGUACUCAAGGCUGGCUCGAUAUUUGUCCGAUUUAUCAAAGUGGAUCGAUCAAAAGUCUAACGAUAUUAAAACUUACGACGAUUAUAACCGCGGAGUUAUAUCAUGGACUGGGACAUACACCAUAGCCAGUUUUGACGAUUUUGGUAUCGGGUUGACGGCCUUCGAAAAGUUCAAAAAAGAUUGUGAAACCAUUUUGGCAGAUUCGGCCGAAGAAAGUGAACCCGACGAUACAAAAAUGGAUACAAAAGAAAAUGGGGAAAAUGAAUUGGUAGAAAAGGAAGAUAGUGAUUUGGACGAAGCUGAAACGCUAGAAAACCGUUCGUCCCAAGAUAAUGUCGAUGCGGCUAUUACAAACGCGACUAAAACUGUAUUGUCGUCGAUUUGUUCGGUGUUUAGUUUGUUAUAUGAUGAGAAGUACAAAUUUGAUUACCACGUUUCUCUAGAGAAGAUCAUGGAGUUAAAGAAAUAUGAACACAAAGAACGAGGUAUGAAAACGGCCGGCAUAGGUGGGUGGAUAAAUGCUGCGGCGCAACCCGACGACUCGAGGCCGGUGUGGAAGAACAUAAUUAGCUUCCUGUGCCUGAACCCGGCGGCCGUGUUCGACGAACUAAAAACGACGGCCCGCACUAUCAUCCUUACGUCCGGCACCCUAUCGCCGAUGCAGUCGUUCCAGUCCGAGCUCGGCACUCAGUUCCCGAUCGCCCUGGAAGCUGGCCACGUGAUCAAGCCGGACCAGUGUUGGGUGACGUCGGUGAGUGUCGGGCCGGACGGGACUGACCUCAACGGCCAGUACCGCAACAUAAACACCUAUAACUACCAAGAUGAGAUGGGGAAAGUGCUGUGGGACGUGUGCUCCGCCGUGCCGCAUGGCGUGCUUUGCUUCAUGCCAUCUUAUAUGCUUAUGGAGAAGCUCUACAACCGGUGGCAGGUCACCGGACAACUUGACCGCCUCCGACGCAUCAAGGUGGUCAUGUGUGAGCCGCGCCGGGGUGACCAGCUCGAGGAGCUGAUGACGAAGUAUUAUGCGGCCGUCCGUGGGGACGAGAAGGGCCCGAGCGGCGCCCUCUUCCUGGCCGUCUACCGCGGAAAAAUUAGCGAAGGGCUGGAUUUCUCGGACAAUAAUGCCCGAGCGGUGGUCGCGGUCGGGAUUCCGUUUCCUAAUUAUAAAGAGGCCGCCGUGACCCACAAAAAAGAUUACAACGAUAAACAUCACAAGAACAAAGGUCUGUUGCCCGGCUGGGAGUGGUAUCAGAUUCAGGCCUACAGAGCGUUGAACCAAGCACUAGGACGGUGUAUCAGGCACAGGAACGAUUGGGGCGCUAUUCUGCUAGUGGACAGCAGGUACGAGCAGCCCAAGAACCUGUCCGGGCUGUCGAAGUGGAUAAGAGGAAGGGUCGAAAGGAACAGUUCGUGGUCGACGGUCGUGACCAAACUCAAGAACUUUGUAGAGACGAGACAGCAUGAAGACUCUAUUGCAGCCCUCACUUGA